CAGCAAGUUCCGUGGGUGCCCCCGCCGCUUCCCCAGGGUCAGCUCAGCGACAAGCCUGUGAAGCCGCUUCCUGGCAGCUUUCCAUAAACCACUAUUUCCACACCGACAGAUUGCAGGCUGCAGUUCUGUCCGAGUCCUGGGCUCCUCAUGAAUAUGAACUGAAGGGCUCUGACCCAGAAAGUGGUUCUGAGCAGGGUAACAUGGGGUCUUGGAAAUGUGGAAGCUGCCUGAGUAGUCUGCUGAUUCCUCUUGCACUUUGGAGUAUAAUUGUAAACAUAUUAUUGUAUUUCCCCAAUGGGCAAGCUUCCUAUGCCUCCAGCAAUAAACUCACCAACUACGUCUGGUAUUUUGAAGGAAUCUGUUUCUCAGGUAUUAUGAUGCUUAUAGUAGCAGCAAUUCUUCUUGUACUGGAGAAUGAUAACAACCAUAAAUGUUGCCAGAGUGAAAACUGCAGCAAAAAAUACAUGACACUGCUGUCGAUGAUCUUUUCUGCCCUUGGAAUUGCUUUCUCUGGAUACUGCCUGGUCAUAUCUGCUUUGGGCCUUCUUCAGGGCCCUUACUGCCGCACCCUUGAUGGCUGGGAGUACGCCUUUGAAGGCACUGCAGGACGUUUCCUUACAGAUUCUAGCGUAUGGAUUCAGUGCCUGGAACCAGCACACGUAGUGGAGUGGAACAUCAUCUUAUUUUCUAUUCUCAUAGCUCUCAGUGGUCUUCAAGUGAUUGUCUGCCUCAUCAGAGUAGUCAUCCAGUUGUCCAAGAUACUGUGUGGAACCUAUUCAGUCAUCAUCCAGCCUGGAAUCAUUUGAAUAAGAACAAGAAUGUUUUUCUUUAGCAAGAUAUGGUCAUCUACCUUGUGUCUAUUGUUUGGACUUGAGGGCCAUAUUCAGAUGAUGGCUUUUUUCUCCAGUUGGUAUUUAUUGUCCUCACCGGAAGUGCCUUCCAUUUAGAAUUUUUUUCUAAAGCUGUAUGUGUCAGGAUCUUCAGAAAUGUUCAUACCCUUUGAUCAAAUAAAUCCAAUUUCUAUAACCUAUCCUAUGAAAAUAAAUAAGAAUACGAGAUAAAACUUUAUGCAACUACAUAUAUUUGAAAAUUAUUUAAUAUUCUGGAAAAUUAGAAAUACCCAGAAAGUCUAACUUUAGGGGAAGGAUUAAACAAAGCAUGGUACGUUAGUUGUAAUAUUAUGUAAAAUGAUGAUUUAAAGAUUAUGAGUAGUACUAUGUGAAAAAGCAGAUUACAAAUUGAUGUUUACAGUAUAAGGGUAACUAUCCAAAACAAACAAAACAAAACCAAAUAACCAAAAUACAGGAUAAAAACUAAAUCUAGAUGGAUUUACACAAAAAUGUCAGCUGUGGUUGAUUUGGGUCCUAGGUGACCCUUCCUACUUGUCUAUAUUUUCCAAGUUUUCUUUAUUAUGUUUUACUAUUAAAAUACUUUUUUAAAAAAACGUAUUUUUACUAUUAAAAGGUUUGCUAUUUUUCCAACUUUUAAAGGAAUACACUUUUUCCAAAUGUUUUCCAACAUUGACUAUCUGUAAACAUCACAGAAUAACACUUCAAUCAAUGUUCAGUGGGUAAAGCAGUGAGAUAGAUAAGCCACAAAAUGUUGUACACAAAUUUAUAUAAUCUAAUUGAGCUCUUGGCAUUAUUUUUAAAAAUUUUUUUAACAUCUUUAUUGGAGUAUAAUUGCUUUACAAUGGUGUGUUAGUUUCUGCUCUAGAACAAAGUGAAUCAGUUAUACAUAUGUUCCCAUAUCUCUUCCCUCUUGCAAAUCCCUCCCUCCCACCCUCCCUAUCCCACCCCUCUAGGUGGUCACAAACCACCAAGCUGAUCUCCCUGUGCUAAUUGACCUUAUUUUUUUACUCCUGGUGGUGAGUAUGAUGAGCUACAAGAAGUAGACUUGAAAUGAAUGAGCAGUUGAGGACAUGCUCAGUGGGUUAUAGAAAGUGACCACUGACCAGUUGAUACCUGUUUCAUGGAGAGCUACCGCUAAAUAUUUAUUUAAAAAUUUUUUUUAAAGUAAAACAUUUAUGAACUUUCUACUUAUACUUGGCAUGAUCUUCUGGAGGACAGCUGUCAUGUUUUAUAUUUUUCCAUCAUCUGUAGGGCCUAGCCCAAAGCAGACAUAGGAGACACUCAAUGUUGGACAUUCGUGCCAGGCUCUUCUGCUCCUCAUGGCUGCUCUGCUGAGUACCUGUCUCCAUCAUGGACCCAUUGGGCCUUAACACUUCCACCACUUCCCCAUUGCCCUCCUCCAUGGACACUGUCAACAUUGCUCUACCAACGCCUGCCUGGCAGUUGUAGCCAGUAGUCUGGAGAAUGCCUCUCUCCUUGAUGCCUGCUCAACCUAUAGCCUUCUUUAAGAUAGCUGCCCUGUCCACAGCCUUUGCUGAAGUGAGCAUCUUGAAAGCAAGCCAUGUUGGGUACCACAUGACCCCCAUGACCUGGACUUAGCUGACAGAACUGGGACUGGCACCCAAGCCAUGGGCAGCCUAUUGUCACUCUAGUGGCCAAUGAUUUAGCCUAAAGUGAAACACUGUCUAAAUGAGAUUGGUGGUUAUUCUUGCUUGAAAAUUUGAAUUAUGAAACCAAAAAUGAAGCCAUGCAGACAUUGCUGCCAGGAAAACAAAGGAUGAGGAAGAAAGCCAGCCAGAGAGUAUCUGAUUACUCUAUCAAGCCCACAAGCUUGUCAUAUGCAGCAUCCUCUUUCUCCAAAAUGCUCCUCAGUCCUCUUGUAAAUGAACUUCUGGCAGGUCAACCCCACCAGUUUGUCACUAACACUGUCUCCAUUGUGUUUAGAUUCAUUAUGGUACCAUACAUUGAGUGGACCAUGAACAGAUGUCAGCUGAAUGACUCUACCACAGAACUGGAAACAAUGUCUAACAACAGGGGCACAGUCAAAUUCAGUACAGUAUAUCUAUCAGUAAAUCAAAUAUCAACACAGCCACCCAAAUUUUAUAUUUAAAGAGUAUACGCUGAUGAUGCAAUUUUAAGUAAAAACUGUAUAUAAAUCUUUGUGUGCAGUGUGAACCCAAAUUUUAAAAUAAGCAUACAAUUACAUGUAGACGUGUAUAAAUGUUCAGAUACGUAGAAAAAUGACUGGAAAAUACCUAAAUGUUAAUAAUUAUCACCAAAUGAUGAGACUAUGAGUUAUAUUUCUUGUCUUUACAUUGUUCUAUAUUUUCGAAUUUUCCUUGCAUUACUUGAAGAAUUAGAAAAAAAUGUCAUUUAAAAAGCAAGUAUCCUCUAAUCCUUUCUGUAAAAUCCAUUUAAGGACCUCAAAAUAGGAAAGAACUGGACAUGAAGCUAUGUGUGUGAUAGCCCUUUUCCUUACCUUUUUUAGAAGAUACUCUUUCCAUUUUUUAAGUCUCAUAUUGAAUAUUGCCAACUAAUCCUAAUUAAGAAUGAUUUCCAUUUUGUUCAUUUAUGCUCCUAUAUUUAUUAUCUCUCUCUUAUUUUCCUUGCUUCUUUCUCAUUGUACUUUUCCUGACUUUUUUUUUGUUAGUUUCUGCUUUAUAACAAAGUGAAUCAGUUAUACAUAUACAUAUGUUCCCAUAUCUCUUCCCUCUUGCGUCUCCCUCCCUCCCACCCUCCCUAUCCCACCCUUCCAGGCGGUCACAAAGCACCGAGCAGAUAUCCCUGUGCCAUGCGGCUGCUUCCCACUAGCUAUCUACCUUAUGUUUGUUAGUGUGUAUAUGUCCAUGACUCUCUCUCGCCCUGUGACUUCUUAAAUUGAAAGCCUAGCUUAUUAAUUUUUAACCUUUCUUCUUUUCUUAAAAUAAGCAUUUACGACUAUAGUGGUUCCCUUUUACCUGCUGGAGAUACGGUCCAAGGCUCCCAUCGAAUGCCUGAAACCACCAGUAGUACUGAACCCUAUACAUACUAUUUUUUUUCCUGUACCUAUAAACCUAUGAUAAAGUUUAAUUUACAAAUUAGGCACAGAGAAUAACAACCAUACUUAAUAAUAAAAUAGAACAAUUAUAACAAUAUAUUGCAAUAAAAGUUUGUGAAUAUGAUCUCUCUCUCAAAAUAUCUUAUUGUUCUGUACACACCCUUCUUCUGCUGCUGCUUAUGAUAACAGGAGAUAAUAAAAUGUCAUGAUGCAAUGAGAUGAAUGAUGAAGGGAUUGUGAUGUAGAGUUAGGCUACUAUUGACCUUCUGACCCUAUGUCAGAAGAAGGAUCAUCUGCUUCCGGUUCUCAUGGAUUAUUGGGCCAUGACGAUAUUGAUGAUGAUUGGAUAUCAGGAGUGGACGAUGUCAAUGGCUGGGGAUCCCAGGCAGGACAGAGCAGGGCAGCAUAAGAUUUCAUCACACUGCUCAGAAGGCAUGCAAUUUAAAACUUAUUUAAUUGAAUCUUGAAUUUUCCACUUAAUAUUUUCCAUUUAAUGUUUUCAGACCUCAGUUGAAAUCACAGAAGGUGAAACCACAGACAAGGUGGGGACUAGUCUAUGCAUUUUUCUUUAAGUACUGCUUUGGCUGCAUCUCACAAGUUUUGAAAUGUUGUAUUUAACUUGUUAUCCAGUUAUGAAUAUUUUCUACUUUUCUUUAUGAUUUAUUUUUCCAGCUAUGAAUGUGCUUUAAAAUUCCCAAAUAUAUGAGUUUUUAAAAAUUUUUUUAGAUUUCCACUUUAUAUGUAUUUUGAUCACAGAAUAUGUUAUAUAUGAUUCGGAUACUAUGAACAUUUUUAAGACUUGUUUCAUGGCCAAUAUUUAUAAGUGUUCUAUGUACUUACAAAUUAUGUUUUCUUCAAAUAUUGGGUGUAGGAUUCUACAUGUGUCCAUUACUUCAAGCUGUUAAUUUUGUUGUUCAUAUGUUCAGUAUCUUUUCUUUUUGGUUGUUUGCUUGA